AGCACAUUAAGCGUGUGCUCUCAGUGAGGCUCGGCGGGCGGUUAUCUAGAAACUUCCAGACACCUCUGAAGGAGGAGCGGCAGCGCUUUUGUUCACUUUGUCCUCCGAGGUGAAACACAGUGGUCGUGAAAAUGUCUGUUAUUUCGGAGGAAAAUGUGAAAGGGGAAAACCUCUUCAAGGAUCUCAGCGCGGAUAGCGACGACUGGCAGCCGACUGAGAUCGAGAGUCUGUGUAUGAACUGCUACCAGAACGGUAUGACACGUUUACUCCUCACCAAAAUACCUUUCUUUAAAGAAGUCAUCGUGAGCUCUUUCAGCUGCGCCAACUGCAGCUGGUCCAACACCGAGAUCCAGUCCGCGGGCCGGAUCCAGGACCAGGGCGUCUGCUACACACUCAAAGUCAAAACAAAGCAGGACUUGAACAGAGAGGUUGUGAAAGCAGACAGCGCGACCACCAGGAUCCCCGAGCUGGAUUUUGAGAUCCCUCCAUUCACACAGAAAGGUGCACUUUCCACCAUUGAGGGCGUGCUGGACCGAGCAGUUGCGGGACUGGAGCAGGACCAGCCUGCCAGGAGAGCAGCUGACGCUGAGGUGGCUGACAGGAUCGAGGAGUUCAUCCAGAAGCUCAAGAAGUUAAAAGAGGUCGACGAGGAGUUCACCGUGGUGAUCGAGGAUCCAUCUGGGAACAGUUUUGUGGAAAACCCAGUCGCCCCCCAAAAAGAUGAAGCCCUCACUGUGUCCUUUUUCAAUCGGACGAUCCAGCAGGACGUCCAGCUCGGUCUGAGGGCAGAUGACGCUCUGGAUGAGGAACCGGCUGGCAACAGCAUCGAGGACAUGAGAAAUGAGGUUUUGGCUUUCAACACCAACUGCCCCGAGUGCAACGCCCCCUCCUCCACCAACAUGAAGCUGGUCCAGAUCCCUCACUUCAAGGAGGUCAUCAUCAUGGCCACCAACUGCGACAGCUGCGGCCACAGGACCAACGAGGUCAAAUCAGGCGGGGGCACGGAGGACAAGGGCACCAGGGUCACCCUGCACGUCACCGACGCUUCAGACAUGUCCCGGGACGUCCUCAAGUCCGAGACCUGCUCCGUCAUCAUCCCGGAGCUGGAGUUCGAGCUGGGGAUGGCGGCGGUGGGUGGGAAGUUCACCACCCUGGAGGGGCUGCUGAGAGACAUCAAGGACCUGAUCGUGUCCAAAAACCCCUUCGUCAGCGGAGACAGCGGCAUAGCGGAUAAGGUGCAGAAGCUGUAUGCGUUUGGGGAGAAGAUAGAGAAGAUCAUAGCUGGAGAGAUGGACGUCCACAUCAUCCUGGACGACCCAGCGGGGAACAGCUAUCUGCAGAACGUGUACGCACCAGAGCCGGAUCCUGAGAUAACCAUCGAGAAGUACACCCGCACGUUUGAGCAGAACGAAGACCUCGGCCUGAAUGACAUGAACACUGAGGGAUAUCAAGAGGAAAAAUAAACUGCCGGCAUCACACGAAAGGACUAAAUGACCUGAUAACCCCAGUUAUAUUUUAUCGCUCCAUAUUUUCUUCCAUUUCCACACAUUUUUAGUUAAACUCUGGGAAAAGGGUUGUUUCUGUUGGCAUAUUAAUCAGGGAGAGGAGUUCUGAGUUAUCUAAAUGUACAGUGAAAAAAAACAAAAGUGACAGGAUUUGUAAAACACGCGAAUGUUGCAGCUAUUAAAGAUAAAUCCUUUAAUGGAUCGGCAUCAGUUUUCUUGUGCUGCAUUCAGAUUUCUUUCAGAGGCUAUUUUACUGUUUGAUACCUCACAAAACUGGCUU